GGCAAUCGAUAACGAUAACACAUUAUCGAUACGCGCAAUUAAAAUGUUUAUGUAAACAGUUUGUUUUUAAGACUCCUAAUUUAUUAGCAGUUAGGCGCAUAAGUUACAUUGUUUGAAUUCACACAAAUCGAAUUCAAUUGAUUUUUAGGAAACCCAGUUGCCAGCCGUUUUUGCUUCAGGGGAACCAGAUAACCUUGUCAUAUUACCCAAUUUAUCGAAAACCAAACGUGCAAUAGAACUUACGCCAUUCCAAAACCAUAAACAAUCAGUGAUUAAGUACAGUGAAGACAAUGGCGGAGGACAAGCAGUUCAUCCGCCGGGAUAAGGACACUAAGAAAACUUCCACGGCUGUGCAGGAUGUGGACAUCUACCGGGACACCUUUAUUCGCUAUAUGGGCUACAGCAACGAGAUUGGCGAGUCCUUCCGCCCGCUGGUGCCCAAAUCUCUGGUGGCCGCAUCCUACGGCAUGGCCAUCGGAUAUGUCUGCACGGACACCUUCGACAAGGCACUGCGCCUCCAAAUGGAGGGGGCUUCCUCCAGAGAAGUGGCCGUCAAGGGCGGCGACGUCUUCUGCUGGCAGAUGCUGGCCUCCGUCGCCAUUCCCGGCCUGGUCAUCAAUCGAAUCACCUGGGCCACCAAAACACUGCUGAGCAAAGCGCCGAUGCCCGUGCUGAAGACGGUGCCCACCCUGGUGGGCCUGGCCAGCAUCCCGCUUAUCAUCCAUCCCAUCGACAGCAUGGUGGACCGCCUGAUGGACGCCACCUACCGCAAGACGGUGAGGUAGUGAACGCCAACAUCUGCCCAGCUCCUAUUCUACUCCACGGUGAUAGUUCUUAGGUACUAAGAGUUUACAUAAACUGUAGCAAAGCUUUAGCCCCAAAUCCAGUUUGCAUAUUGACAAGGA